ACAAAAAUAAAAAUAAAAAAUGGGGGAAGAAAUGAAGCAGCAGAAAUUUGGGGGUUUUCCCUUCAAACCCUACUCUAUUCAAAUCGAUUUCAUGAGUUCUCUUUACGAUUCCCUCGAUAAAGGCGGUAUCGCCAUGCUCGAAAGCCCCACUGGUACAGGAAAGACCCUAAGUAUAAUCUGUAGCGCUAUGCAAUGGCUAAUUGAUCGGAAAAAGCGCGUAAAUUAUGAAACUUUAGUUGAUACGAAUCAGAAUGAAUUAGAUAAUGACGAUGAACCCGAUUGGCUCAAAAGUAGUUUAAUGAAUAAUAAAGUAGAAAGCCCUAAAAAGAAGGUUAAGGUCAAGAAAAGAAAUGAAUUUACAAUUAAGAAAAGAGACAAGAAUGGAAUUGAGGAGAGUUUUAGGGACUUGUUUGAUCAUUUUAUUGAGGUCGAUUACAAAAUGUAUGGGAAUGGUGCGAAUGUGAAAAGUGAUGGAGAGUUAUUAGAUGAUAAGGAGUUUUUGGUGGACGAAUACGAGAGUGAAGAUGAGAAGAACGGGAAAAGAAAGGGUGGUGGAAUAUGCAGUGGCUCGUCUUCGAGUGAAGGUGAAGAGGAAGGUGACGAUGACGAGGAAGAGGAAGAGGCAGAUUUCAAAAUUUAUUUCUGUAGCAGAACUCAUUCGCAGCUAUCGCAGUUUGUUAAAGAAUUGAGGAAGACGGUUUUUGCUAGGGAGUUAAAGGUUGCAUCUUUGGGCUCUAGGAAGAAUUUUUGCAUAAAUGAAGAGGUGGUGAAGCUUGGGAAUUCUGCUCUCAUCAAUGAGCGAUGUUUGGAUCUUCAAAAGAAAAAGAAAAGCCAAGUGUCAAAAAUGAAGAAUUCAGGUGUUGGGGGGAAAGUACGCCAGAGAAAGGCCCAAGGUGGAUGCCCGAUGCUUAGCAAACAAAAGCUACAAAAGCAGUUCAGGAAUGAGAUAAAUGAGCAGGGACCUUUAGAUAUUGAAGACCUUGUUCGGCUUGGAGGCAAUGUAGGUACUUGCCCAUACUACGGUUCAAGAAGCUUGGUCCCUGCAGCAGAUCUUGUAGUUCUUCCUUAUCAAUCUCUUCUUUCAAAAUCUUCACGGGAAUCACUUGGUUUAAACUUGAAGAAUAGUGUUGUUAUAAUAGAUGAAGCUCAUAAUCUUGCUGACUCUCUCAUCAGCAUGUAUGACGCAAAAAUUACUUUGUCCCAGUUGGAACUUGUUAACUCCAGUUUAGAGGGUUACUUCCAAAAAUUUAGCAAUCUUCUAGGACCAGGCAAUCGAAGGCACAUUCAAACAUUGAUGAUUCUUACUCAAGCCUUUAUACAAACCUUGUGCAACCAGGAUAAUGCUACUUUGGUUCCUUCAGCAAAAAGUGGCUCCGAGUGCUCCUUGUGCAUCAAUGAAUUUGUGUUUUCCCUCAACAUUGACAACAUAAAUUUGGUGAAGUUGCUACAAUAUAUUAAAGACAGCAAUAUGAUUCACAAGGUCAGUGGCUAUGGAGAUAGAAUAUUUACCUUACAAAAUGAUACUACAAGCAUUUUAUCAGGGUUUCGUGCAUUAGCUGGAAUAUUACUAUCACUGACAAAUGAUGAUAGUGAUGGACGGAUAAUAAUAUCAAGAAAAAGAUCAACUGACUCUGGACAGCAAGGAGGAUAUUUAAAGUAUGUUAUGCUCACUGGGGAGAAGAUUUUUCACGAGAUUGUUAAUGAGGCCCAUGCUGUUGUAUUGGCUGGUGGAACUCUCCAACCUAUUGAAGAAACACAGGGGCGGCUCUUUCCAUGGUUACCGCCAGAUCAAUUGAAUUUCUUCUCUUGUGGUCAUAUAAUCUCAUCGGACAAUAUAUUACCCAUUUCUGUUUCACACGGACCCUCUGGCCAGUCCUUGGAUUUUAGCUAUAACUCUAGAAGUACAUCAGCCAUGGUUGGGGAGCUAGGGCUUCUACUUUGCAAUCUGGUUUCAGCAGUUCCACAGGGUAUAAUUGUGUUCUUAUCUUCAUUUGAUUAUGAAGAACAUGUCUACAAUGCAUGGAAAGCUUCAGGCAUCCUUAGUAGAAUAAUGAAGAAGAAACGCGUAUUCAGAGAGCCAAGAAAAAGCACAGAAGUGGAAACUAUUUUGAAAGAAUACAAGGAUUCAAUUGAUGCAGCAUCUGCUACAAGCUCAAAGGAUUUAGUAGUAACCCAUAAUGGUGCAAUGCUUCUUGCUGUAGUUGGAGGUAAGAUAUCAGAAGGUAUCAACUUUAGUGAUGGGAUGGGCCGGUGCAUAGUCAUGGUUGGAUUGCCAUAUCCAAGUCCAUCUGAUAUCGAGUUGAUGGAACGAGUCAAGCAUAUUGAUGGCCUUGGAGACCCGACAAAAAACUCGAAUGGUGCGUGCUUCAGUGGAGAUGCUCAAGCAGGAUUCGAGAUUCUAAGAAAUUGCAAACAUAGAGGAAGGGAGUACUAUGAAAAUCUUUGCAUGAAGGCUGUAAAUCAGUCAAUCGGCAGAGCGAUUAGGCACAUUAAUGAUUAUGCUGCAAUCUUAUUGGUCGAUGCACGUUACAAAUCAGAUUCCUCGAAAAAUGACCUCUCGCAUCGCACUAACAAACUUCCACGUUGGAUUAGAGAGCGCCUCAUUUCUAACACCAAUAAUUAUGGAGAAGUCCACAAAUUACUUCAUCAAUUCUUCAAAUUUCACAAAAGUAAGUCAUAGGAUUUUAGACGCCUAGAUACAUACUCGUAUAAAUUUUGUACUUUUCCCAUACUAGGUUGUCAUAAUUAUUGUUACAGUAAAUUGUAGCUGAAAAGUAUGAUAUGUGAAUACUUACAUU